AUAGCUUUCUUCAUAUUCCAUCGGCAAGAAUGGAUGCCAAACCUCCUCUGACUCCCGAACCCCCACAGAUAGCUCUUCAUUUUUCAUGCGCCAAUCUUGCCACUCGACGCACAGCUCGCCGCUUUGCUCGCACUCCCAAUCAAAUUAUCAUCCAGCUACAUUUCUAUGACCCUCUCACCGGGAAAUGGAGAGUUCGAGCUCAAACAGACGUUGGGACAGGCGACAACCCUGUGUUUUCCAAAGCCAUCACUAUGGACUACUUUUUCAAAUAUAAUUCACUUAUGAGGGCGGAUGUUUAUGAUACAGACAAUGGAGCUGGCGACCUUUCCAACCAACGGUUAAUCGGAUGCGUUAUCUUCUCGUCUCAUGCUCUCGUCACUUCACCUGGAGGAACUUUAUCUGCGCCUUUGACCAAGGACCCGGACGGAGUCGUUUGCAAUGAAUGCAAUAGCACUUGGCUGCAUGUACUCCAUCACCUUUCCACUCACUCGUUAACCAUCCAAAACAUGUCAAGGUUAAAGCUAUGCCCCAUAUGCAAGGGCAAGAUGCAGCCAUCUCGAGGCAUGGUCAACAUUGCCUGCGAAAAAAUUCAAGAUGUUGAAUGCACUGUGACACUCCAGCUGAGUGGAGUCCAACUGGAGAGUAUGGACGUCUUUGGAAAAUCCGACCCUUUCUACGUCAUUAGCCGACGGACUACUGAAGGCGGAGGCUAUGUUCGAGUUUACACUAGCGAGUAUCAUAAAAACGUUGCCCAUGUCAAGUUUAUGAAACACAGGAUUAAUAUGAAAGAGUUGUGUAAUGGCAAUAUGGACUUGCCGUUAACCAUCGAAGUGUAUGAUUGGAACAGCGACAAUGAGCCCAGUCUGAUUGGGACCCUUGAAACGUCGCUUAGGAAACUACUUUCCACCAAACGAUCACAAUUGAACGCUCUCGGCCGCCGCUCGACGGAUAGUUUACGGCCUACGACGACACCACCGCGUGGACCAACGAAAUCCCUCCGAAUGGAAUCAAACAGACGACAUAGGACACCGGGUUACAUCAAGGUGCUCACAUGCGAGUUACAUCGGGAACCUACGUUUCUCGACUACAUACAAAGUGGGUCUACUGACAUUGAACUGAGUCUGGCCAUCGACUUCUCCGCUUCCAACGACUUGGUGGAAAAAGCCAGCUUGCAUUACGUUGACGAACGAGACCAACAUCACCUGAAUGCCUAUGAAGACGCUAUCCGCUCUGUUGGUGACAUUCUCCUCCAUUAUAAUUCAAACCGAGAAAUACCGGUAUAUGGAUUUGGCGCCAAACUUGGCAGUAACAAGAUGGAGGAAGAUGACUUCUCUCGGAUAGAGGUAUCGCACUGCUUCCCUCUCAAUUCCGAUUGGGCCAAUCCGCACUAUUCCUCCAUUGACGAAGUCAUCAAGGCUUAUCGUAACUUGGUACAUCCUUUACCCGAACAAUUCACGUUACCCGAAUCCGAGAUACAAGAUAUCCUUGGUGGUGAUGGAAAAAAAGAUUAUGUCAAACGGUUUGCUAUACCGGUCCGAGAGCAAAUCCAAUUUUCGUACCCAACCAUGUUUACACCUUUACUGGAAGAGAUUGAAGCACGGGUACGAGCCUCUAUGACUUGGGUAGACCGCCAGAACGACCAAUUGCAAUCAGCCGAGUGGGGCGGUGGUGACCUGAAUGACGUUUACGACGCGACCACCCGUCGUCCCUCAACCACGACUAUACCUCGUCGCCCUUCUUUGCUGGCAUCGACGGACCCUUCAACCGGCAAGCGACACAUAUACCAUAUUUUGGUCAUCCUCACCGAUGGACAGGCGGCGGACUUUGAAUCGGCGACGCAAAAAGUCAAGGAGAUGUCAAAAGAAUUGCCACUCUGUGUGGUUAUUAUUGGGGUUGGAGCGGCUAAUUUCCAACUGAUGAAAACCAUCGAAUCUGCCAGUGACACUGUCAAAUUUGUGGAAUUUCGAAAGUAUGCCGCCCUGAACCCCGACAAAAGUAAGCAGCGUGGACGAUCAGCGUCCACGUCUGCUGCAUUUGGGCAUGGCGAGCUUGGCGAUGUGAUAAGCACAGGAUCGGCAGAAAGUGGAGUAUUACUGGCUCGAGAUGUUUUAGCCGAUAUCCCUGCUCAAUUUUUACGAUACGUCCGCCAACAGGGCACGAGCCGAAGAGGAAGCCAAGGGACGUUCAGCUGGACUGGCGACCCUACCGCCGACGAAGGAUUUGAGAGAAUUUGGGCCACUGACCCUAGACUAGACGAACGACUACCCACCUAUGCUGAGGCAAUUGAACAGUGAUGUUGUCCUGUCAUUCUUUCAUACAUACUGUAAAAGCAAUCCCCCCCCCCUUUGUUUCCCCCUUUUCCCUCAUUGGUUGGCAAAUAUACAUGAUGGGUGAAACAUCACGAUGUGUGUGGGUGUGCUUUUUAUCAAAGGCGUGGAGCGGUGUUCCAAUUCCCAGAGGGCCAUAAAGGCGCCGGUUGAACGCCAAAAGAUGGAAUUUCCUUUGAACGUAUUUUUCCAAAAACUCCCCACUCUUCUUUUGCUCGUUACUACCAUGUCUCUAGCCAAGCAAAAUUUCUCUACUUCUUCUGAGGAGGCCAUCAACCAGCAGAUUAACACUGAA